CGAUUCGCUGAACGCAAGUACAUCAAGUCAGUCGUUCUAUCCAAAUGCCUCAGUGAAGACUCGUUGACCUUUAUUCUAGAGCAGGCAACACGUGCACUGUGUUAACAUCACUAGAACAUGAAUUAGGUGGUAAUAAAACGCUUUUACAUUAGGAAUGGCACCUAAUGAUGAAAACGAUGAAAAACAACGAAGCCGAACGGUCAGUCAAGAUGAAGGAUCAAGGCUGCUAGGUGAGCCCAAUGAAGACGGAUUUUGUCAGCGGUUGAAGCCUAAAGUCAGUCUAUGCUUAGGCACAACGGCAGCGCUUUCAUUUAUGGUAUUUUUGUUUUUGGUACCGUUUGUUGUUGACCCAGCUGUAUCCAGAUUGAUAGCUCGUUAUUCUCCAGAACCAGGUACAUGUGCACUACAUAAACACGUGUUUUCAACAGGUCUCAGUAGGUGUACCUGGUCAUCAUGUAAAGAAGGUUGUACCUCAGCAUCUACUCGAUGUCAUCAAAUCACUGUCAACUAUUCUACGACACCAUAUCAAGAAUAUAAAGAGAAUACUUUGCCAGUGGAAUCGCUUCAGUGGUCAGGUAGUACAGUACAAUUUUUAGUGAACACCGAAGGAUGCGGCUACCCACCACAUGUCAAUUGCACAGCAUUUGCUGGCAAAUACGGUUACAUCGGUUCAGAAUCAUAUUACUCUAUGUUUAAUUUGAUCAAUCAGUCUUCGACCACAUUACUGUAUCAAUAUGGAGUCACUAGUAUGAUAGCUGAAGACCCCGUGGUACAAAAUGAAAUAAAAAUAUUUCCGUGCUACUACAGCCGAGCAUAUUUAGAUAAAGUAGUAGCUGAAUAUGAUUGGUAUCAAACGGUCAAAACUUUAGUAGCAGCAGUAGCUAUACCCUGGACGUUAUUCAUAGUGUCUUGCGCUGUACUUUGCUUCUGGUAUUGUCCAGCGUUAAAGAAGGAAUUCAUGAUGGAAAGGAAAAUAAAAAUAAAAAUAGAAAAUCCUCAAUUAGUCAUUAGGAGAAAAUUGUCAACACGGCCAUUCAGCACAGACGAAGAAGACGAUGAUUAUUGAUUGCAUUCAAUAUAUAGCACGAGAAAAUGGAUGCUAAAAUAAUUCUUAAUACCCUAACAGGCUUAAAAAAAUAUUCAUUUCCAUUGUAUUACAUUUGGUAUGACAAAUUUCACGCGACAGUCACGUAAAUUUGAACAAACAAUCCUUCGUCGGAAAACGUUUUGUUCUACUAAAUAAAGACAAUAUGAUUAAUAAUGCAAGAUCAUUUGUAACGGGUGUUCAUACAGUGAAAAUUUAACAUUUUCAUUGUGUAUAAAACAAACAAUAACAAAACUAUUAUUGUAUUGAUUAUACGACUUAAUUGCUUCAAACUUAGCGAGCGCUUAAACAUAAUUUAAUUAUAAGUCAUUAAAAUUGAGAGCUAUAAAAUUCCACGAUAUAGACACGGUCCGCUUCGCUUCUAUCAAUUGUUAAUUUUUUUUUUAUUAUCAUAGUAAUAAUAAUUAUAUUAAUACAAAAAUCAAGUAGUAUAUAUACUAAUUACCAUGGAAUACUACUAUUUUUUAUUCUAUCGGAAAAUGCUUGUUAAAAUAAAAAUAAUAAUUCUAAUUUUAUACUGAAACUACAUUUAUUUUUUAAUAAACUUUUACUUUCUCAUAACUUUGGUGUAUUGUUU